CGUGAUUAUAAAAAUCCCUGACAUACAUCACAGUAGUUGCUGUCGGUUUAGAGAGAGGGACAGUAAAUCUAGUUCACCUGUUUCACUCCCGGACACAUCGCACAUACUACAAUCAUGCAACACUGGAUAAUCUGCGUAAUACUUUUAUUUCUUGUAUUCUGUGAUGUUUCUACGCAAAGGAAAAAAAAGACAGUCCAAACUCUCUCAAGAGGUUGGGGUGAUGAGAUUACCUGGGUUCAGACGUAUGAAGAAGGACUGUCUAAAGCGGUCGAGAGUAAGAAGCCUCUGAUGGUCAUUCAUCAUUUGGAGGACUGUCCGCACAGUAAAGCUCUGAAAAAGGCUUUUACUGAACAUCAAUCUAUUCAAAGGCUGGCCAAAUCAGAUUUCAUCAUGCUCAAUUUAGUGCAUGAGACCACCGAUAACAACUUGGCACCUGACGGCUACUAUGUCCCCAGGAUCUUGUUUGUUGAUCCCUCACUGACUGUGCGAGCUGACAUUGCUGGAAAAUACGCCAACCGAAUGUACACGUACGAGCCGAGCGACAUAGACUUCUUGGCAGAGAACAUGAUGAAAGCCAAGAUCCUGCUCAAGGAUGAACACGAGAAUCACGAUGAUCUGUGAUGCAGUGACAACAGUUUACCCUCUUUCAAGAACUGUAUGCAAUACACAGGUUUCUUUGCACAACUAACAAUAUUCAACUUUGAAUAAAGUCUGUUAG